AUGGCUAAACGAAAGAUCAAUAUGGACCUGCCAGUUCAGAUUAGUCAUGCUGUAUACCAGUUGGCCAAACUGCGCAUGCUACAGUUCUAUUAUGACUUUCUGCUAAAAUAUGUUGAGCCAUCCGAUUUUCAAAUGUGUGAAAUGGACACAGAUUCCGCUUACAUCGCCAUUUCAUCCGAUUCUUUCGAUGACAUAAUCAAACCAUGUAUGAGGGAAAGAUACGAAAAAGACAAAGCCAACUGGUUCCCUCGAAAUGAUACCCUGGAGAAUGCUCGAUAUGAUAAGAGAACUCAUGGGUUGUUCAAAGUAGAGUGGGAAGGCGAUGGAAUCAUAGCCCUCUGCAGUAAAACUUAUUACUGCUUUGGUGCUACUGACAAAUUCAGCUGCAAGGGUGUUAAUAACAAGCAAAAUAACAUAACAAAAGAUGUGUACUUGAACGUUCUUCGUUCACUAGUUGCUGGGAGUGGUGUAAACAAAGGUUUUCGCGUUGUCCAAAAUGGAAUCUCCACCUACUCUCAAAUAAAGAAUGCAUUCACCUAUUUCUAUCCAAAAAGAAAAGUAUUGGAUGAUAAUGUAUCCACUACCUACUUAGAUAUCUGACAUUUGCAACUUUUAUUCCAUCCAAACUUUCUAUCAGAACAUUCUCUCUUCAAUGCAUUGAAUUUAAAAGUUAGCUGUGAUAUAUCUGUGUCAAAUUCAUACAUUUUGGAAAAUAACCUGCAAAAAAUUUUUCCUUCGGUAAACUAUUUGUAUACCAUGUUAGUUGAGAGUAAUCCUGUGGAUUAGGAAUUAUGUAUAAAAGGUAAUGGUGUUCAAAUCAAAAUUUUAUUGAUUUUUGUGGUACAUUUACAUACUCUUUAAUUGGAGCAAUUGUUUUUUAACAAUUCUUUUCAACAAUAUGAAUUCACAAUUGCUGAAGUAAAAGUAACUUUUACGAAAUGUUGCACACUUUGCUUUCACAAUCUGUUUUCAAUAAUGUAUAUUGAGUUCACAAUUAUUAGAAUACAAUUUACUUUCACAAAAUAUAAUAAACCCCUUUGCAACAAUUUGCUUUCAUCCAUUUGAAAUAAGAGAAUGGUCUUAAGAAUAUUUCAUUAUUGUAUCAAACCUGACGAUGCACUUUGUUGUUGUUGAAUAUAGCAUAAUGUUAUAUUUUUGUAUUACAAUCCGAGUUGACUUGUAUUUUGAUUCAGAUAAUCAUAUGUACCUUAAAAUGUACAUGUACCAUGUAUACGUUGGUAUUUCACAGAUUUAUGGAUGUAAACGAAACAUCAUCUGAUAGUUAAUUGCAUUCAGUAAAGUUUGUUUAAAAGAUGUAUUGAAUAUUUGGGGAUGUUACCAAGAACAUGUUUAGUGAAAAAUCAUAACGGUGAAUUCAUCAUUGAUAUAGUUACAUGCUAUUCUUGUAUAUGCAACAUAAGAAACAACACAUAUUUAUUUUCACAGUAUGAAGUUUUGUAAAUAUUUACCUAUUAGUUUUACACUUUUAAAAUACUGUAUGAAAUGUAGUAGAGUGAUAGUCAUUAUACAAUCCUCUUUUAUAUGAUUCGAAUUGCGAUUGUUUUAAUUGAAAAUGUAUUAUCGUUUGUACUUCUCGUCUCUAAAGUAAAAAAAAAAAGAAGAAAUUAAGUUAGGCUUUGACUUUGUCCGUAAUAUUGUAAAAACAACCAACGUGUAAUUUGAUUUUGUUAUCCUGUUUGGUACUGUUUAAAAUUGCAAACAUGAUAAAGUCAUGAAAUAUACUUUAAGAAGGUAUGAAUGACAAUUUUUUAUUAUUUUUUUUUCAUUUCAGUGUACAUACAUUUAUUUUAAUCAUUAUGAUACAUUAUUUGUAUUAAAAAAAGAUACAGCAAAGUGUAAUUGUGCAAGAUCAUAACCUGCAGUUCAAUAUAACUAUAUCUAAAUUACAUAUUAUUUGUGUUCCAUCUAUCAAUAUGUAUAUAUUGUUUUGUUCAUGUAAUUAUGGUGUGAUAAAAAUAUAAUAAAUUUACAUACCCCA